AUGACUCGGUACGGGGGCCUGGGCCGGACGCGCCCGAAAAAGCUCACCUCCAAGGCGUCCAUCCCCAUCGUCCGCGAGCACGAGAUCGAUGUCGUAGACGAUGAGGUCCAGUCUACCCUACAACAGAUCGAGACCGGUGUCGAAAAGGCUGAGGAGUCGGAAUUCCACUUGCAAGCCGCGAUCAAUGCUGCCGCUCAGGGUAAAGACAAGGAUGCGCAUAUUCCCACUCGUGAGGUCAUCGUCAGUGAGAUUCAGUAUGCCAAACUGUACCCCCCAAUCUUCUCGCAACCCGCGACCUACAUUCGCUUCUCCUCCACUGUGGAGGAUUGUUGCGGAUGUCCGUACAAUAUGAACGAGGAAGAUGAUGCGUGGCUGAAGAAUUACAACUCCAAGCGCGACGCUUCCAGUCAGUGCUCCGAGGAUGAUUUCGAGGCCACCAUGAACUUCUUCGAGGAGACUGCCCAAACAAAACAGCCUUUCGCUGCCGUUGAUAGUCCUCCCGUUCUCUCCUUUGCCGACAUGGCUGAGUCCAUGGAUGCUGCCGUAGAAGAAAGUGUAAAGCGCUUCUCCAAGGACAUCUAUGAGCACUGGAAAGUGCGCCGUCUAGCCACGGAGAACCUCUCGCUGGAGCCAAUGUUGAAGUUUGAAACUGGUCAAGAUACAGAUGAUAGUGAUCCCUUCGUCUGUUUCCGCCGUCGUGAAGUGCGCCAGAUUCGCAAGACUCGUGGUCGCGAUGCGCAAAGCGCGGAGAAGCUUCGUCGCCUUCGUAAGGAGCUGGAAGAUGCUCGGCAAUUGGUUGCAUUGGUGCGCCAGCGCGAGGUCGCUCGUAAAGAGAUGCUUGGCAUGGACCGCACGAUAUUCAUGCAGCGCAACGAGGUCAAGGAGAUGAAGCGUAAACUCAACAUCAAGGACGAUGACGAGGACCUCAUCAACCAGAAGCCCAAGAAGAAGGCGAUCGAGAUGCCUCCUCGCCAACCCAAUGCGCCCCAGCUCCGCAUGCCUCUCAAACCUGGUCUCCAAGGUGCAGAGGAUUUGCAACUGCUGGAGGACGUACAGUCCGAGAAGGAGAACGAGAUUCUUCGCGAUAUCAAGGCAAAUAUUGCCAAGCAUAUCAAGUGGAACGAGGGCUUUGUGGAUCAUACCCGCGCACCACUUUCCCCAUCCCCCGAAAGGACAUUCGACGCCGCCGCAUUCCGUCCUGCCUUCACGGCACAACUCCCCACUCCCCCAUCAUCAGAGUCUUCGGGCGAUGUGAUGGAAACCUCAUUAGAUGUGACCAGUCCACUCUUCUCCAAGGAUAAGCUUGCCUCGCGAGCCCUGGAGCUGCAUGAUGAUUCACACCGUAUGCCGUCCUUCCGACGCCGAGUCGGACGAGGUGGUCGAUUGUUCAUUGACCGUCGAAACCUCGUGUCGCACUGUAGAGUCGAACUGGAUCCGUUGCAGGCCGAUCGCUUCAAGUAUGAUCAGGAGGAUUCCGAUGAGGAACCUACCUAUGACACGGAUGCAUACAGCAUCCAGAUCAUGCAGCACCGCGCCAUCACAAUGGCAAAGGCUCGCGAACAAGCCGCAGUGGCUGCCCAAGCUCAUGCGCAGGCGCAAGCACAAGCAGCUCAGCAACGUCGAUUGCAGGCCGACCAAGCCGGGAAUCCUCAGGGUGCGAAUCCUGUCCCCAACGGUGUGACUGCGUCGUCCGAGACAUCAUAA